AUGGCCUGCUGGGAUUACUUCUUGGAGUUCUGGAGCUACGAGACCCCCAAAGUGAUCGUGGUGAGGAAUCGACACCUCGGGGUGAUCUACCGGCUGGUCCAGCUUCUGAUCCUGAUCUAUUUCAUUUGGUACGUGUUCAUCGUCCAGAAAGGUUAUCAGGAGAGCGAGUCGGGGCCAGAGAGUUCUGUCAUCACCAAGGUGAAGGGCGUCACUCGAUCUCAGAACAAGGUGUGGGAUGUGGAAGAAUACGUGAAGCCACCAGAGGGAGGGAGCGUCUUCAGCAUCAUCACCCGCGUCCAGGUGACCCCUUCACAGACUCAGAAGACUUGCCCUGAGAAUCUGAGGGCUCCCUGCAGAUCAGACCUCGACUGCACCGAGGGCGAAAUGGACAUGCUGGGAAACGGAGAGAAGACAGGGAACUGUGUCCCCUUUAACCGCACCAAGAAGACGUGUGAGAUCAUGGCGUGGUGUCCUGUGGAAGAUGGAGCUGCUCUCAGUGAGAAUUUGGCAAAGAUGGCACCGGAGUUUACAAUUCUGAUCAAGAACAACAUCCAUUUCCCACGCUUCCGCUUUUCCAAAGGAAACAUCAAGGACUACGAAGAUGGCUACCUGAGGUCCUGCACCUUCAACGAGACCACUGAUCUUUACUGUCCCAUCUUCAAGCUGGGCUUCAUCGUGGAGCAGGCGGGAGAGAACUUCUCUGCGCUGGCAGAAAAGGGUGGAGUGCUCGGCGUGAUCAUCAACUGGAACUGCAACCUAGACUUGCCAGACUCUGAGUGUAACCCCCGCUAUUCCUUCCGCAGGCUUGACCCCAAGUGGGCGCAAGUCUCCUCUGGCUACAAUUACAGGUUCGCCAAGUACUACCACCGCCGCGGGAAAAGCACCCGGACGUUGAUCAAGGCGUACGGCAUCCGGAUUGAUGUCAUUGUGCACGGGCAGGCAGGGAAGUUCAGCCUCAUCCCGACCAUCAUUAAUUUGGCCACGGCGCUGACCUCUGUGGGCGUGGGCUCCUUCCUCUGCGACUGGAUCUUAUUGACCUUCAUGAACAAGAACGACGUGUACAGCUCUCGGAAGUUUGACCAGGUACAGAUAUCGAAAGACUCGGAGGCGUCUCCGACCACCGAAUGCACCAUCAUCUCCGCCUCGUCCUGCACCCGGGCCGCCUCACCCAAAGACUCCAGCCCCGCCGUCCGCCUCUGA